AUGGGAAAGCUGCCACUUUCAGAUCGACAUCGUGAUGGUCGUUCAAGGAUUGAGUUAUGUUUUGAUCACUCAGAUCAUAUGCCAUUAAGUCGUUCAAAAGAUCGGGUUCAUAGUUUCAGUGCUGAAUCUUUAGUGCAUGUCGGAUUGGGUAGUUCUAGUUCUUUCUUGGAUCAGGCGAACGAUUCUGAGGCAGCAAAUACAGAUGUAGCUCGAAUGUCUACAACUAGUCGUUUUGUGCGGAAAGUCACAUCCUCUUUUCGUUUCCGUAAGAAUUUGUCUCCUAGUUUGACCAAGAAAACCUGUGAUUACGUUGAUGAAAAUGCACUUCUGGGGCCAAGUUUGACACCGGAUGAACCAUAUUCUGCUCCUCACAGUCCGCAAAAUGAUACCUCGUUGCAUACAUCGCCCCGACCUCAUUCGAGCAAAGAAACCACUGUUUCUGGUGAGAAAGGUUUUAAUCGUUUCGCUUGGUUUCCUUCUCGGUCCCCACGUCGUGUUGUGGCAAAAGCUGUUCCUGAACACGUAAACCGAAUUGGUGUUGUAAUGCCAUGUGAUACUUUGGAGUCUUUAUCUGGUAGAGAAUACAAUCGGGUGCCAGUAUUUGUGAAAGAGUGUAUUGAAUAUAUUGAAAAGGAAGGCGGUCUUGAGGCUGAAGGUAUUUAUCGUGUUCCUGGCAGCCAGGCACAAGUUGCUGAACUGGAAAGUUCAUUUGUAGUAGAUGGUGCAAUUGCUUUUCGUAUUGCAAAGCUACCUGUAAACGCCGUGGCUACAGCACUGAAAAAUUUUCUUGCUAGUUUGCCUGAACCUCUCAUUUCAUAUGAAAUGUAUAAUGAUCUACUUCCAUGCCUCAAGUAUGAGCAGUCAGAAGCAUUAGCACUUAUUGCCAGUAAAUUAGAAAAGUGGCCGGAGGCCAACCAGAAAACUUUUUUGUGUCUUGGUGCUCACCUUGCUCGUGUGGCUCAGCAUGCUGACGUUAACAAUAUGGAUAUUCGUAACCUUGCCAAGGUUUGGUGGCCAACUCUGUUUCGUCCCCAUUUUGACUCAUUUGCAUCUAUGGCCAGCUUUGUAACUCGCCUAGAAUUAGCAGCCCAACUCCUGAUCACAUAUGCCGCUGAACACUAUGAAAAUAUAUGA